AUGUGGGGAUUUGGCAAGAGUACACCUCCACCUCCUAAGGAGAAGCCAAAGAGUGAAUUCGAGGCUGGAAUGCCAAAGUUUGAUGACAUUGGCUUCGAUUUUGCAAAGAUGAACCUAGAAGAUGAUAGUGGACUAGAUGAUCCAGAGCUGCUGGCUGAAUUGGAACACAUGAUGGCCGUAGAACGUCCUCCUGCGAGAAAGCCUGCUCCUACUCCUCCACCUUCUAGACAGGCUGCUGGAUCUGCAUCUUCACCUCUUCCUGCUGCUGCUUCUGUCAAGCAACCAAUAGUACAACCAAAACUUCACGAAGAGCUCGUCGAAUACACUACGCUCGAUUUGACUGACGUGAUGAACGAUGCAGAACCUAAUGUAGAGGUGUCUGAUAAAGAUCUAGAAGAUCCUGACUUGCUUGCUGAAUUGCAUGCUGUAACAGGUGGCAGCAACCACGAUGAGGAAGAUUCCCAUUUUGAUAGUAUUAGCUACCGUGGCCAAUCUAUAGAUCCAACGCCGCAAUAUGCACGUUCAUAUGCCCUACCAUCGAACUUAGCAUCUAGUAGUGUACCAUCAGUCGCACCCUCAGCUUCCAACAUACCGAAUACGAGUGUGCAUAAUUCGUACUCAACAAUGCCUCAAGCAGCUACAGCUUCUGAUCACUUUGUAGUACCCACACGGUCAACGAGCAUAAAAGGUAGUGCCACCGUUGUAGAUAGUAAUAACAAGCCGGAGGACACAUCAAUGUCACUGGCUUCCAUGAUGGCUGUGACAGAUCCCGCGUUACUCUCAAAAUAUAUUCAGUCCGAAAAGGUCAAUGCCGUGAAUAAAAAACGAGCUGGAGAUUUGAACGGUGCUCUCGAAUCGCUAAAGACCUUCAAGGCUCUAGAAGGAAGGUUGGCUCAACUCGGACCAUCUUCAUCUCCGGCUGCAGCACCGAUAUCAAAUCCAAUGAAUACGCCAGAUAGACAAUUACUUGCUGCCUCUUCAGCAUUAGCAUCUCCUCCUGCUCGCUCAGCUAGUGUAGAAAAGAAGAAUGGUAUUUUGGCUGUCUUGACUCAACGGCAGGAUGAAUACAAGAGAGCUGCCUUGGCUUUUAGAGAUACUCAGAAUCUCCCAAAAGCACAAGAAAUGCUGACAACCUUCAAAGCGUUAAACGCUGCCAUUAUCACCGUCAAGCAAACCGGUGAUUUGCCCGCAACAUUUCAACUACCACCACCAGCACCAACCAACACCAAUAGUACACCUAAAUCUAAUUCCAGUAAUGCUACAAGCUCUACACCUACAAAAUCUCAACUAGGAACCAAGCCAUCCGUAUCACCACUAGGUGCAAAUCGACAAGCUGUAAAACCAAAGGCAUCUACCAUGAGUCUCAAGCAAUCACAAUCUAAUUCCAUAUCGGUGUCUUCAGACACGUCAGUUAAUACGGAUGAUGUAGGAGACGUCUGGCAAUACUUGAAGAACUCGCUAGAAAGUCAAGUAUCACUCGGUACAUCUCUCGCUUCUCAUUACUUAAAGGCAAAUAGAAAGGACUUGGCUGGUGAAUUUCAUAGAUUAUCGAAGGGCUCAGCUUCCGAUUUGGCCAUAGUUACAUCGCUACUACAACAACCACAUUCUAGGCCGCCCAUAUUUACUCACAAGAAUGUCACCUACGAAUAUGAGCACUACUUUGCAGAACUACCUAACGAAGAAAUGGAGAUAGUAAUAGUAGCAGGACAUGGUCUAGGUACUCGUGAAGUGAAGGGUGAAGAUGUGGCUGGUUAUGUUGUAUUUGAUCUCGGUUGGCCGACUGACGAGGAUGGUACUCCAAUGGCAGAAUCCAAAGGGGAGACUCCCGUCAUAAGUCGUAAUCCAAAUCCAGAAUUCAACUAUAAAAAGUCUGUGAGGUACGACAAGAGUCGUUCCUUUCAACGAUUUCUGGAAAGGAAAACGGCUACAUUUGAUGUGAUGCAUUCGAGAGGUCUUUCACUGAUAUGGAAGCCCAUAUGUCUUGGUCGAGCCAAUGUGCCCUUGAGUGCAUUGUUGAAGUCGGCCGAAUUUCAUGAAGUCAUACAGCUCGUUGAUCCAGAGAACCCACGUAAACCAACCGGUGGACGAUUAGAAGUUCGAUUCAGAAUGCGUCAAGCAUUCUUGGGACCGGAACUCAUAUCUAAAUCUCAUCGGUGGUUGACAUUAGAUACCAGCCCCUCUACCCCUGCAGCUCGACCUCCGCUUAAAGACAAUCUAGCACCCCCAACCUCAUCGCCUUCUAGACCUUCAUCUCCAGCUGUCACUAAACCUGUUUCGCCAAGAACACCAUCACCCUCGACUUUGAGGACUCCAGACUCCGCCACGAGGUCUCCUGGAAUCUCAGCAGGUGUUAAGAAAAUACCAUCGCCCGUUGUUGUAGAGCAAGCUGCUGCAGUCGAUGAUGAUGUGGAGGCUCUUGAGAUACGUUUCUUGAGUGCGGAUGGUAUAGCUUCAAAUUCAGUGUUGGAAGCUGAACAAAAGCAACUAGAAACCCAAAUCAACACCUUGAAGGCUCAACGGAAGCCAGUCCCAGAUGACCUACUUAUGAGAGAGAAUGAGUAUCGCAUGCGUAUGGAAUACCUUGUCACAAUGGUAUCUGUUGGACAGUUGACUAUGCCUGCAUAUCUCGCACAACUAAAAGAAGCAAUCCAAACGAGUCGCAUUCAAGCUCUUGCUUUCAAAAGAGGUGGUAAACUAGAUCUGGCCAAACAGGCGCUAGUUCGAGUGCACUUGAUGGAUGCUGAGAUCAAAGGGGUUGAAGAGAAUCAAGAAGGUGAAGAAGAUGCUGCUUGA